UCUCGUGUCAGACUCUCUCCUCCCGGCUCCCCAGCUCUCCGGCUAGCUCCCAGGCUCCCAGGCUCCCAGGCUCCCGGGCUCCCAGGCUCCCCGCGCCCAGCAGCGCCAGAGCCCUUCCUCUCCGCCUAGGCAAGGCGGGCGGGCUGCAGGCCGCAGGAGGCGGUGUCGUGGAAUCCGCUGGCAGUCCGCAGCCCCGCAGAGCCUGGAGGCCGCCCUGAUGGAGCCGCGGCUCCCGAUCGGAGCUCAGCCCCUGGCAAUGGUGGCGGGUUUGGAGAUGAAGGGUCCCCUCCGGGAGCCCUGCGUCCUGACCCUAGCACGGAGGAACGGGCAAUAUGAGUUAAUAAUCCAGUUGCAUGGGAAGGAACAGCAUGUUCAAGAUAUCAUUCCUAUAAAUAGCCACUUCAGAUGUGUUCAAGAAGCAGAAGAAACUCUUUUGAUUGAUAUUGCUUCAAACAGUGGCUGCAAAAUUCGAGUACAGGGAGACUGGACAAGAGAGCGCCACUUUGAAAUUCCUGAUGAAGAACGCUGUCUGAAGUUCCUCUCCGAGGUCCUUGCAGCUCAGGAAGCUCAGUCACAGCUUCUUGUUCCAGAGCAAAAAGACUCAUCUAGCUGGUACCAGAAAUUAGACACUAAGGAUAAACCUACUUAUUCAGGGCUGCUUGGAUUUGAGGAUAAUUUUACAUCUAUGAAUUUAGAUAAAAAAAUGAAUACACAAAAUCCCCCGACCGGGAUUCAUCGGGAACCACCCCCUCCACCGUCUUCAUCGAAUAGAAUGCUUCCACGUGAAAAGGAAGCUUCAAACAAAGAACAGCCCAAAGUGACCAAUACCAUGCGGAAGCUAUUUGUUCCAAACACCCAGUCCGGGCAGCGAGAGGGUCUCAUCAAACACAUCCUCACAAAGCGAGAGAAAGAAUAUGUCAACAUCCAAUCUUUCAGAUUUUUUGUUGGAACUUGGAAUGUGAACGGCCAGUCUCCAGACAGCAGCUUAGAACCUUGGCUCAACUGUGAUCCAAAUCCUCCUGAUAUUUACUGCAUUGGAUUCCAAGAGCUGGACUUGAGUACAGAAGCCUUUUUCUACUUCGAGUCUGUAAAAGAACAAGAGUGGUCCAUGGCUGUGGAAAGGGGGCUGCCUUCAAAGGCCAAGUAUAAAAAAGUUCAACUGGUCCGCCUUGUGGGGAUGAUGCUUCUUGUAUUUGCCAGAAAAGAUCAAUGUCAAUAUAUCCGAGAUAUUGCUACAGAAACAGUUGGAACUGGAAUCAUGGGGAAAAUGGGAAACAAAGGUGGAGUAGCUAUGAGAUUUGUAUUCCACAACACCACUUUCUGUAUUGUCAAUUCCCACCUGGCCGCCCACGUGGAAGAGUUUGAACGGAGGAAUCAGGAUUAUAAAGACAUCUGUGCAAGAAUGAGUUUUUCGGUCCCCAAUCAGACUGUCCCACAAGUGAACAUCAUGAAGCAUGAUGUUGUCAUUUGGUUGGGAGACUUGAACUACAGACUUUGCAUGCCUGAUGCCAAUGAGGUGAAAAGUCUUAUUAAUAAAAAUGAGCUUCAGAAGCUGUUGAAAUUCGACCAGUUAAACAUUCAGCGCACACAGAAAAAGGCUUUUGCGGAUUUCAAUGAAGGGGAAAUCAAGUUUAUUCCCACUUACAAGUAUGAUUCUAAAACUGACAGAUGGGAUUCCAGUGGGAAAUGCCGAGUUCCAGCCUGGUGUGACCGAAUUCUUUGGAGAGGAAUAAAUGUCAAUCAACUUCAUUACCGGAGUCACAUGGAACUCAAAACUAGUGACCACAAACCUGUUAGCGCCCUGUUCCAUAUUGGGGUGAAGGUUGUGGAUGAACGGAGGUAUCGGAAGGUCUUUGAAGAUAUCGUACGCAUUAUGGACAGAAUGGAAAAUGACUUCCUUCCUUCAUUAGACCUUAGCAGGAGAGAAUUUUUGUUUGAGAAUGUGAAGUUUCGGCAGCUGCAAAAGGAGAAGUUCCAGAUCAGCAACAAUGGACAGGUUCCCUGCCAUUUUUCUUUCAUCCCUAAGCUUAAUGACACCCAAUACUGCAAGCCAUGGCUUCGAGCUGAACCUUUUGAGGGCUACUUGGAGCCAAAUGAGACAAUAGACAUUUCCCUUGAUGUAUAUGUCAGCAAAGACUCUGUAACCAUCCUGAACUCCGGCGAAGAUAAAAUUGAAGAUAUUCUUGUCCUCCAUUUGGAUCGAGGAAAAGAUUACUUCUUGACCAUCAGUGGGAAUUACCUUCCAAGUUGCUUUGGAACCUCUUUGGAGGCUUUGUGCCGAAUGAAAAGACCAAUCCGAGAAGUUCCUGUCACCAAACUCAUAGACUUGGAAGAAGACAGCUUCCUAGAAAAGGAGAAAUCCCUUCUGCAGAUGGUCCCCUUGGAUGAAGGUGCCAGUGAGCGACCCCUUCAAGUCCCCAAAGAGAUCUGGCUUCUAGUAGAUCACUUGUUCAAAUAUGCAUGUCACCAGGAGGACUUGUUCCAAACCCCUGGAAUGCAGGAGGAGUUACAGCAGAUCAUUGAUUGUCUGGAUACCAGCAUUCCUGAGACAAUUCCUGGCAGUAACCAUUCUGUAGCUGAAGCCCUGCUCAUUUUCCUGGAAGCGCUGCCAGAGCCAGUCAUCUGUUAUGAGCUGUAUCAGCGAUGUCUUGACUCUGCUCAUGAUCCUCGGAUCUGCAAACAGGUAAUUUCCCAGCUUCCCAGGUGCCAUAGAAACGUUUUCCGCUACUUGAUGGCAUUCCUUCGUGAACUCUUAAAAUUCUCUGAUUACAACAAUGUCAGCACCAACAUGAUCGCUACCCUGUUCAGUAGCCUUCUCCUAAGGCCUCCACCAAACCUCAUGGCAAGACAGACUCCAAGUGACCGCCAGCGUGCCAUCCAGUUUCUUCUGGUCUUCCUGCUUGGAAACGAGGAAGACUAAGUCUUUUCCUAUUUGAGAUUCUAGAGGAGGAAGAUCUUGGGCUCCAAGUAUUUCAGAAUGAUUUGAAAAGUCAUCAUACAAAAAGGGUCUAAUGUAGGAUCUUACAUUCUGUUAAUACUACAAAGGGAAGAGUGUCCUAAUCCUUCCUUACCAUAUCCUACACAGCAAACUCCUUUUAGACAUAUAUUGCCAAGCCAAAGUUACCAUAUUUUGGUGUUUUUGUCUUUACUCUUUGUAAAGCAAAGAGCUCUGUAUUGUCACACCUUACCUAGGGGUUAGGUGUAGAGGGGUUUUCUGCCCUGCUUCCCAGUCCUCAUGAUUAUCUUUAAUACCCUAGGCCUGGAUUGAGAGGCGUUCCCAUUCUAAGCCUACAAGCACUACUUACUAUAGCUCAAACUUGUCUGCAGUCCUUUGUAUGAUGCACUUUGGACCCACCCUCUCCUCAUGUCACUACUUUGCACACUUCCUCCAUGCUAUCACUUUGAAGGAAGCCUGGCUCAGGCUAGUGACUCCGUGGGUGUCCGGAACGGUGAAGCUCACUGUCUACAUGUGAUUGUUACAUGUGUUUGUGCAUUUCUACUACAAUGAUGUCUAGGUGUCACUGUAAUAUUGGCCUUCUUGUGGAGCCACACUCGGUGGAACCAUAUUCCCUUGUCUCAGACCAUGUUUAGUUACAUAAUUUUAUGGACUAUAGCGAUGGCAUCCCACUGAUGUGAGAAACAUCACAACAGCGAAGAAAGCACUGUGAGUCUGUCAAAGUGAAAAAAUGUCCCUGCUUCCCACUCCCCGUGCCCUGCUAAUAGCCACACUUGACAUGAGGAGCAAUCCUGCUUGUCAGGGUACCCAUCACCCCACUAGAAAUCCAUUUCCAGAAUACUGUUUGCAUCGCAGUCAAAAGAGGAGUCCGUGUACCUCAGGUGAGGCCCCAUGGAGCUCACCUCACCCUCCAAACCAAGUACUGAGGGUCACCCUCAGAACCCUGUCUCCUAGCUUCAGAGGUAUCGGGGAAAGUAUCUCUCACCAGGGCUGACUCUGGCCUCCACAUCUGCCUCCUUCAAGCAAAGACUUAAAGACUGACCUUGGCUCCUAGACACUAUAUCAAGUGCUGUGUAAGAGAGACUGGUCCGUGGGACCAGCCACACACAUUACCUCUUCCACUUGAAAUGACUCUAAGGUUUUCACUUUAUUCAAGCUUUGUGGGACAGACAACCUUUUUUAAAAAUUAAUUUGUUGACUGACAAACCAGCUGCCAGCUUCUGGCUGCAAAACUGCCUGGUGAAAUUGACUUGCUUGGUUUCAUUCACCAAACCAACCCAAGUCGUCUCAUUCUUGCCUAUUAACACCUGAUGUAAGGAGCUUAUAUAGGCUGGGUGUACAAUCUUGGGUACUGAUUCCUUCAGUGGCAUCUUGUACCAUCCAAGGAGAGGGCCAGGGAAACAUCCACCAUCACAUGGUUUUCCAGCUCCCUCAUCUCUUCAAAAUUGAGUUCUUGGGGGAACAAAAGGUAUGUAUCCUGCAAAAGACUGAUUAAGCCUUUACAUAAUUGGGACUUGGGAAAUCAGAGUCAAAGUAUUGGUGCCAGCUCACUGAAGAUCUGAUUGGGUCAACAGUUGGUUAAUGGAAGACUUGAGAGCAGAAGAAUUCUGUCAUAUCUAUUAGGCCAGAAAAUAAUCACUGAAGAAGCAGAUGGUAGAAGCUGGAGCAAGGUGGUCCCCAGGGAAAUGCCUCUCCUGUGCCCAUUUUAUAAUACCUUGCCAAGCUUGGGUCUUUAGAUGAGCAAGAAUAUGGUUCUUGGCGCUCUGUGGAGCAUGCACUUAGUGCCCUUCCUUCAUCAGGCCAAAGCACCGAGUUGCUUCACUGCCUCAGCCUUUUCUCCAGCUUGGCCUGAGAUGUAUAUAGGGUUGAGGGUUUUAGACAAUCUCCAGGAAGGGGAUACAAAACAGAUCAGAUGGAAGAAACCUGCUUCCCUAUCCUGCCUAUCCUGCACCUCAAACCUCUUAAUUUCUAAUUCCUCCAAGGUACUAUUUCAUAGUUGCUCUGAAUUAAGAAUUUCAGAUCCAACUGGUCGGGAAAGACUCUGCACCUAGCAUCUUCAGGAAGAAAUGAUUCCAAUCUGUUGGGUGAUAUUGCAUUAAUUUCCAUUUCUGAUUCUUAAUCUGUAGUUCUUUAUUAUAUUUCACAAAAAUAUGUCUCGGUCACUAUGCAAAGCUGCUAGUGGGAUUCUGUAUUUUGUGUCAUCUUUUUUAUUAUAAUUUAUUGCAAUUUUAUGAAUAAAUAUAUGU